UUCCGAACAAAUACGCGAUCGCGUCGUGCAAGCACUUCUAUGUACUCCGUGGUUUAGCUUUGGUUAUCUGUGAUUUAUCGCUUACACAAUUUGGCGCGAUGUAAGGAAUUUUAAGGUUAUGAUCCAAGACUUGCGUGUUGUUACAGUGCAUCAGCAUUGAGUUUGAAUAAUCAAGCAACAUGUCUAUAUUCGUGAAAAUACCGAAUGAUGCAUAUGUUGGAGAAUGGGCAAUAGUGGAAUUGCAGGGCGAUCUAGAGUCAAGAAACGAUAGUAGCAUGCACCAGCAGUUCAUUGGUGACCUUCAUUACACAAAUAAGGGGAAACCUGUAUUAAUAAUUGGUCAUCAUAUUCUACAUGGUGAGGUGAUAACAAUGGAUAAACCAUUUGCCAUUCUGGAACAGAAGCAGAAUCCAGAGAGUGAAGGCAGUGAAACCUUUGAACCAUCUGUAGUACAGAACACAGUAGAGUUUCAUGUAAAAGCUAUAGUUAAGAAGAAACUUAUAUUUAGUGAUAGACCAAAACCUAUUAUUGCAAAUGUUCCCAAAAUUGUAUAAUAGGAAAUUUGUAGCUACAUUUUUAUAAAUUAUGCCCCAUAUGCUUAUUGGUGUGUUAAUGAGAAACACCCGUACUGGAAUGGAGCUCAGAGUAAAGGUCGUUCUUGAGGUUGUGACUUUUAACUUGAUAAAGAAGCAUCAUAUGAAGAGUGGAGCAAACAGCUGCCCUUAAAUAUGGGCUCUGGCAAAUGUUUUUGAUUGUGUGCUAUGCUUAUAUAAUGUUAAGGACAUCAUUGAUUAUAAGAUUACUUGGUGACUGGCAUUCCUUGCUAUAUCAAUGAAAUAGUCACUAGUCACUAGCAUGAUGGAAAUCACUAUGGAAAAGAAGAGGCAGAAAAGGAUUCAAUUUAUUAUUUGUGAUUGUGUAAGGAUAACUCAUUGUUCAGUAUUAAUUUUAUUUUGAACAAGCAAAGGACCUAAUCUGCGAAAGAUGAUGAAUAGGUGUAUCUCCAUUACAUACUGGUAUAUACAUACUUCCCACAAGUGGCAGAUGGUUAUGUUCUUCACAUGUAUACAGUGACCUCAUGAAGAGUGUAAAUGUCUUAUGGAAGUUACAAUUUCAGUCAUUACUAAACAUUUUUAUAACCAACGAUUUUAAUACUGAGGAUUCAAGAUGCCAAUAUCCUUGGUUUUGUGACAGUUAAAGACAGAGUAUGUGAAUUAUGCUGUGAGUAACAAAAUGUAAGCAUUUAAGAAACUGCAGGUAAAUAUAUGCCUUUUAUUUUUAUGUGUAAUUAUUAGUAGGUAAGUAAAUACAAUUACUGAUCAUUUUCUUGAAACUUCCUAUCAACAUUAAUGGUACUAGAAGCCAUACCAAAUUUGUACAUAUCAAUUUCCUGUUAUUAUUAUCAGCAUGGAGGCUGUACUAACUUUUAAGGUGGUAAAGACUCUAGUAUCACUUAUCACUUUAAUAUACAAACCUGAAUAAAACUACUGAGCUUUUAUUAUGGAUUUGGGGUGAGGAGGUUAGAAUGUUAAAGACUUUUCCAGUGGUUUUGUGGAACUUAUAUAAUUCUAGUUUUAUGGUGAUGACUGUUAAACCAUUUUAGCCAGGUACAUAAAAUGUUGUAAGGAAAUAUAUCAUAAACAUGCGUAUGAAAUCUGUAUCAAAGUUUAUGUAAACACUUGUACUGAUAAUGAUGCUGUGAAAUUAUGAGGGUAUGUUAGGCA